UGCUGGAGAAGAAUUAUGAUCAAUAAUUCAAUUAUAUUCUAAUACCACUAGACAAUUAGUAUAAAAUGUAUUAAUCAGGAUAACUAUAAUUGAAAAAUGCGGUAAUACAGAUACUAAAUCACGAUAUUAAUCACAGUUAAAGCAGAAACGCGAGUUUUUAUCAUAUUUUUAUAAUAAUUUAAUUAUAACCUAUAAUAAUGUUUAAGUGGAAUGUAUAUUGUGAAAACGUGGACUUUAGUGUAUUGUUUCAGUUUUUUAUUGUUCAAUAAUUAACGUGCCUUCAUGUAAUGAAAGGAUUCAUUUACUAACCAAUAAAGUAAAUAUAAAAAGUUUGGUUAUUUCAACUCUUGUUGUUGCUGUAGGCGUAUGUUAAUUAAAUUAUGUCGAGUUUAUUAACCUGGAUAUUAUUUUGUAUAUGUACGAGGUUCAUCCCACAAGUACUUGACCCAACAAAUGAAAGACGAAAAUUUUGGAGAAAAACAUAUGUAUUUCUGUUAAAUAUUGGCAAACACUCGAUGGAAACAUCUUUCACGACACAGUUUUUGUUUAAAAUCGGCACCCAUCUUGCGCAAAGCUUUCUUAUGUCCAAAUUUUUAGUGAAUAUGCGAUGUACCGCAACUACCGCCAUCUCUAAGACAGCCCAGGUAUUACAACUUAAAACUGAAGGAGAAGAUGGCGUUGUUCAAGAAAAUAACAGUAGAGAUACCGUUAUUUUUUUGUUUUGUUAAUUUUUUACUUACGAGUUCAGUUUUGACGAAUCUCAUUGUAUAUAGAACAUGUUACAUUUUAUUGGAAUUUAAUAGAACGCGAUGUGCAGAACUCGGUAACCACGUUAACCAGGAUACCGAACAUUUAGAAAAAUUGGUCGAACCUACAGCCGAUAUAAUAAUAAUGAUAAAAUCUUUAGUAGAAUCAUUAUUUCCGAUUUUCGUUUGUAUGUUUGCUGGUCCGUGGUCGGAUAAACACGGAAGAAAACCCAUAUUACUGAUGACUUUAAUUGGUAUGACGUGUGGUUCUAUAUUGAUGAUCGUAUUCAGUUUUUUUGAAUAUCUAUCACCUUGGUACGUUUUAUUUACUUCAGUACCGUCUAUGUUGACUGGAAGUUCUACAACUUAUUUCGCUGUAACUUUGUCAUAUCUCUCGGAUAUAUCUACCGACGAAACGAGAGCCAUGAGAAUGGUGUCCUACGAAGUAGCCCUUGCUUGUGGGGUGCUUAUAGGGAGUGUUUCGAGUUCUUAUAUAUUCUAUGCGUCAAAUUAUCAAACUAUUUUUGGUAUAGGAAGCUGUUGUAUGAUAAUUAGUUGUUUAUACGUUUUUUUCUUUAUACCUGAAUCAUUAGAAAGUAAGAAAUUGAAUUCUCAAGAUUCUACAACAGAAGUAGAAAGUCGAAGGGUGCGAUUAGUUUACAUCGCGGAUGUAAUUCGAACGGCGUUUAAGAAACGAGAAAACUAUGAAAGGGCGUUAAUUAUAUUGAGUAUCGCUUCAAUAAUAAUAAUAACUUUCGCUACUGGAGGAGAUUAUUCUAUUCAGUUUAUAUUCCUGAGAGGGAAACUUAAUUGGAAUUUAAGAAAAUACACUUUAUUCAGUAGCGCUUAUCACGCUUGUUGGGUAAUAGGUACGAUGUGUGGGACGUUCAUUUUGCAAAAAAAAUUGAAGAUCAGAGAAUUCGUUUUGGCUCUGGUAGGAUUAUCGUCCCUUCUGAGUUGCGUAAUCCUGCAAUUAUUCGCCACAAGUGAUAUUUUUAUUUAUAUAGGCGGCGUUACAAAAUGUUUGGGUGGAAUGGUGGCCCCCAUGCUGCGAUCUCAAGUAUCCCGAUUAGUUUCAGUCGACGAAGCAGGCAAAAUAUUUUCCAUAACAGUCGCAGGUGGAGCACUUAUAUCAUUAGGAGCAUCACCUUUAUAUACAGCAAUUUAUAAUGCUACAAUUAACAUUGAUGCCGCCCUGUUUAAUAUUCUCACUAUAGUACUUAUAGGAGCAGCAAUUGUUUUAGUACUGAUUGCAAUAAUAUUGGAAAAUAUAUCUAAUUCCAGUACCCAGCAAAACGAAACACACACUAUUAUUGAAAAUGAAACAGAUAGUGAAAAUUCAACACAGUGACGCAAUUUAAUUUUUUCAAUUCAGAUGUAUAUAAUUUGUAAAAAAAUAUAAGUACCUACGUACUUAAGUUGUGAAAUUAUUCAAUUUUUGAUAUGUAUUUUUAAAUUUCAACAGAAAGUAAUUUACAAAACACUUAAUAUUUGAUUCUACUAAUAAUACACCACAUAAUUUUAAAACAUACUGUAUAACAAAGUUUGAAUAAUACAUACAUAUCCCUUCAUUGCUUUAUUAACUGUUGUUUAUAUUCACUUUUCAAUAAUUUUGUACGGUGACAAUACUUUCUCUACUUCUUUUUUUCAAAGUAAUGGUCUGUACAAUAAAAGCUUAGAACGUU